UUUAUAUUUCCGUCUGCAGUCUCACCAGUUGCUGAUUGUGUUUGUGGUCAAAACAGAUGAUUUAAUCUUUCAUUCUAACAGGUUCCCUCACAGUGUCGCAAUUGUGUGUAUAUAUGUAAGGCCUUCAUGCUACAUGCUGUCACCAUCUAUAAUGCAUGAUAUCACUCUGGGAGAGAAGCAUCUGCCAGAUGUUAUUGUCAUCACUUUAAUCAUCGGGCAUUUUUAAAAAAUUUCACAAAUAAAGUAUUUCUCAUUUACCAAAAAAAUCCCAAACCCAAAAAGUUUAGUCUUUUUGGUUGUCUGUGAAGUCCCACAGGCAUCACGUCAUGAGCGUUGUAAAGCGUGUUUACGGAGCUUGAGUGUGUCAAGUCACAGCAGGUUGUUAACCUGUAGUAGCAUGCUCAGAUGGUUUACAGAUGUAACAACUAUGCAUGACAAAUAGGAGUGUGAAUGUGUGCGCAAAGUCAAGACCACAUAUUACAGGAAUAUGCGGAAGAGUGAGUGUAAGGUCAUUUCCUUCUUCAUUGAAGAAAAGAGCAUUAGGUGUAAGGUUGGCCAAACAGGAGUGACAGGAUGAUCUGUAAAUUACAGCAUGGUUUCGUUACUGUCUAUUUCUCACAUCCAAUGCAAAUACAAGUGCUGGUUUUCUUUACAAAGUAGAUUCAGAUAUGACGAAUAUUUGUACAAAAGAGCAGCCGGUUAACCAAAGAAGAGUGAUGGAGUGGGCAUUCAAAUAUGACCGGUCUUUUAAGUAAUUAAAAUAAGGAAAACAAGUCAAGACUUUAGAGUCAUACCUUAUUAGAAACCCUGUCAUUCCAAUAAGGUAUGUAAUCGUAUUGGCCAACCGGACUGGCACAAUUCAGAACCUUGUCAUUGAUCUCAAUGAUUUAAUCAUCAGAUGAAGCUGUCAUUUAUCAGCAACCUACACUCGUAGUUUUGACCCCCUCACACAGCCGCUAAGGGUUUUGGCUCAACCUCCUAUGUUAUUGCACAUCAACACCUAUUUGUCAUAAUCAUUUAACCAUGACCUAUAAUAUAUAUGUAUAAAAGUUCCCGAAGGUAUUUAAAUAUAACCUAAUAAUAAUGUUCCACCUUCUUCUUGGCCUUAGAAAAAUGUUUCUGUACAUCCUCGGGCUGGUGGCUGUUUGGUUCGUUUAUCGCUGGUACAGAGAAACCAAAAGAGUCUCCAACAAGGAGGACAAGUAUGUGUACAUCACAGGUUGCGACUCCGGGUUUGGUAAUCUCCUGGCGAGACACCUGGACAAGCUGGGCUUCCGCGUGAUUGCAGGCUGUUACACCGGGAAGGGUGAGGAUGAGCUGAAGAAGGUCUCCUCCGACAAACUGACCACCAUCCACCUGGACGUCACCGACUCUGAGAGUGUGAGCAAAGUGGCAGCUUUCAUCAAGACUCUGGUUGGACAGAAGGGCCUCUGGGCCGUCGUGAACAACGCUGGAAUCUCAGUGCCGUCCGGUCCCAACGACUGGCUCACCAUAGAAGAUUUCAAGCCUAUGAUAGCGGUCAAUCUGCUCGGUGUCAUCGACGUGACCCUGAGUGUCCUCCCCCUCAUCAAGAAGGCCAAAGGCAGGGUGAUAAACAUCGCUAGUGUGUGUGGUCGAAUCAGCCCAUUCGGCGGACCUUACUGUGUGUCCAAGUAUGGAGUGGAGUCCUUCAAUGACAGCCUCCGUAUCAACAUGGCACCAUUUGGAGUCAAGGUGUUAUGCAUUGAGCCCGGGUUCUUUAAAACAAACGUGACUGACACGGCUCUGUUGAAGAAUAACUUGAUGAAACUCUGGGAAAGAUUACCUCAGGAAGUGAAAGAUGACUACGGGCAUGGUUUCUUGGACACAAUGCUUGAGCAGUUGGACGAGAGGUACAGGCAGAUUGUAGACGGGGACCUGAUGAAGGUGGUCGGCUGUAUGGAGCACGCCAUCUCUGCCCUUUAUCCACGCACUCGCUACUCCCCCGGAUGGGACGCCAAGUUCCUCUGGUUGCCGAUGUCGUACAUGCCGAGCUGGCUCUCAGACACGUAUUUAAUUAAAAGUAAACCCAGACCCAAAAUAUCUGUGCUGUAGUUUCUGUCACGUCAGUCA